GUACAUAAAUAAUAAAAUGUAUAUACCUUGGCGAUUGCUCACCGCUCUAUCAUUAUUAUAUUAUAUAUAGGACAUUAGGACGUAUUUCGACUAUUAUUACUAUUACUAUUACUAUUAUUAUUACUAUGUUAUUCUCGCCGCGGCCGCGAUAGAGUUGAGCAACAAGUUGUUUUUUUGCUUUGCUUGCGUUUUGAGACUUUGAGUUGCAAGUUGCGAUUGAGUGGUCGAAAAAUUCGUAUUUCUCAUUCCGAAUUCCGUGACGAUGAACGUAAACAAUAAUUAUCGUUUUUGAAAGUGGCACACGAUGAGCUUCUCCAGCCAGAUAUUUCGUUCACCGGAGUACACGAGCUUCAGGUGCAACGUGCCUCUCAAGCAGAUCUUACUGGACGACACCGGCACGAAUAAGGGAUGGAGAGUGUACGACACGGGUCCACGUUCAGUUGAGACCCCGUUGGUGUUCUUGCAUCCAGUUAGUGGACGGGCCGAAGUCUUUUUCAAACAAUUGCUAACCCUCAGUUCAAAAGGCUAUCGAGUCAUAUCAGCUGAAAAUCCACCUUAUUGGAGUGUUACUGAAUGGUGUGAAGGAUUCAUGCAACUGUUAGAUCAUAUGGAUAUUAAACAAGUGCAUUUAUUUGGUGCUUCAUUAGGUGGAUUUUUGGCUCAAAAGUUUGUAGAGUUUUCUACAAUUGUUCAUCAACCUAGAGUGGUAUCGCUAUUCUUGUGCAACUCUUUUACUGAUACAUCAAUAUUCAAAUAUAAAGAUGCUGCUGUUUUGUUCUGGAUUUUACCUGCAAUGGUGCUCAGAAAAAUGGUGCUAUCAAAUUUUUCAUCAAGAGAAACAUUUUAUGAUACCCGGAUAAUGGAUUCAAUAGAUUUUAUGGUUGAACUGAUUGAAUCAUUAUCACAGGCUGAUCUAGCAUCUCGUUUGACCAUAAACUGUUUGAAUAGCCGCGUCAAUACAUCACUGAUGAGAGGUUUAAAAAGUGUCACUCUUAUGGAUGUAUUUGAUGACUAUGCCUUAGGUUCGCCCAUUAAGGAAAAAAUUUACCAGGAAUAUCCUGACGCUAAACUGGCUCAACUCAAGUCUGGCGGUAAUUUUCCUUACCUAAGUCGCAGUGAUGAAGUUAAUUUACACUUGCAGAUACAUUUGAGGAAAUAUGAUGGUACUCCUUAUAGUGCAAGUGACAACAUCCCCAAUACAGAGUAAUUCAUACAGUGUAUCACCAAAAACUGCUCAAUAUUUAUCCAUUAUUACUGACCAAUUUGCUGAAUAAAAGUACGCUGUGAAACAGUUUGGCCAAUUUAUAAAUACAUAAUAUA